CGAGGGCAGCAGGGGAUCAAACAGGGCCGGUGUCACCGCUAAUGAUAGCCAUUAUACAGCUCGUCAGCGGCGGACAUGGGGCUCCCUGUUACCAUUAAAGUCAAUUUUCGGGGGAACGUGAAGAGGUUUCUGGCUCAGGAUUUGGACAAAUUGGAGUGGGACUCGGUGGAAGCCUGGAUAAAGGCAUCAUUCGGAAUCAAUCACUUUCAAGUAAAGUACUUUGAUGAAGAUAAUGAAGAGAUUUGCAUAAACAGUCAAGAUGAAUAUGAAGAAGCCAUUAAGAGCGCAGACAAGCAGGGGAACCAGUUGCACAUGAACGUGUACAAGAUGAAAGGCCAGGCCUGCGGAGGCCCGCUGAAGACGGAGGUGAAGGAGCUGAAAGGAGACCUCCGACCCGCUCCUCCUUACCCAUCAAGGGUCAAGACGGUGGACAAAGGCACACAGGUCACCCCCGAGAGAGAGGCUGCGAGGAACCAGAUGGAAUCUCCUCCUCUUCUUCCACUUGUCGCUGUGAAAGACAGCAAAGGAAGCAAACAAGAAGAUCCUCCCAUGUGGUUCAGAUCAUACAUGGAGAAGUUUAAAGACGAGGUGGUGAAGGAGGUAGUGGAAAGGAUGUGCAAUGACUUUUCUGGCCAGUGCUGUACUCACAAAUCUCCUGAUGGGCCCGGUGAAGUCAUGGGUGCUAGCGGCGGUCCUAUAGGGCCCAGACCAGGCCCCUCCACCUCCACCUCCAACGGCUCUCUUGGCUACACCCCAAACUGCAGCAGCUGCAACAAACUCACCUCUGAAGGGGCUUACAAAUGCAGUGUGUGCCCCUCCUGCAUCCUGUGUGAGUUGUGCAGACAUAGCCAUGACCCCAGCCACAACCUCGUGCGAACCAAGACACCUCUGUCCAUCCCUGAGCAUGGCAUGUCGGGAGAAUUAAGGUUCCCAAGGCGAGGAGACAGGACAGUGCGCAAGGCCGAGCGACAGCGCCUCAAAGCAGAAAGGAGGCAGCUAAGAGCCGAAGUGAAGGAAAUCAAGAAGAAACUGAGACUGGAGAAGAGGGGGCUGCAGUGGAGUGGGCCCUCUACCUCAGGCAGAGCCAACCUGACUAACAUGGCCUCCGCCUCCACCCAGGUCCCAGCCCUGCCCCCCUCCGCUACUUCAGAAACAGCCUCAGGUCCAACCCCAGCCCAAGGUCCCAUCCCUGCCCCGGCCCCUGAUCCCCAGGCCUCCAGUCCAGAGGGUCCCGGGGUCUCGCACACGUCCUUGGUGCCCACUAUGGCUGCCUUGUUUCUGGAUGAAAAUCUGCCUGACGGCACCCGUCUGGAGCCUGGUACCAAGUUCAUCAAAUACUGGAAGAUGAGGAACUCGGGCACUAUCAGCUGGACCUCAGAGACUAAGCUAGUGUUCAUGUGGGGAAACCUCGGCCUGGCGUCAGAGGAGAAGAGGGAGGUGCCGGUCCCCCUGCUGCUGCCCGGACAAGUGGGCGUGGUCAGUGUGGCCUUUGUCGCUCCCGUGAUGGAGGGGACGUACACCUCCCACUGGCGGCUGGCGCACUGCGGGUGUCAGUUUGGCCCACGUGUCUGGUGCAGCAUCGUGGUCGACCCCGGCGACAGCCGCAACGCACUCGAACUUCAGAGCAAACGACUGAAGGAGCAGUUGAGGCCAGUUGAAAAGGAGAAGGAGAUCAGAUCCAAAGACAGCGGCACUGGCUUGUCUGUUGACCUCAGCCAUGAAGACUUCUACUUUCCCUCAGUCGACCUGCUGACCGCACAGGAUCUAUUGUCAUUUGAGUUGCUGGAUAUAAAUAUUGUGCAAGAGCUGGAGAAGGUUCCCAACAACACACCUGUGGAUUUGACACCCUGCAUAUCACCUCUGCCCCAUGAUGCCCCUGUGUUGGAUAAGCCGGCCAUCGCCUCGCAGAUAAAAGAUCACUUAGAAGUCACAGGGGUCAGAAAGCUUUUUGGAGUGAAGCUUGGGCACCAGAGGGAGCUGUUGGAGCCAGUUGCACCAGAAGAGGAGAAGGAAGAGGAGAUCAGUGGAGCUCAGUUCCUCUGUGAGACUGUCAUCCGGUCUCUCACUUUGGAGGAAGCCCCCGACCACAGACCCUUACGCAGAGCCCAGCACAGCACCUACAAACCACAGGUUGUUUCUCGGGGCCCCAGCUUCUACCUCGAGAGAGCUGUGGUGACUGAGAAGGCGGAGGGGGGAAAUGAGGAGAUCUGUUUAGCUCCACUUCCCAUCACAGGUCUCAACCAAACCAGCCAAGAGAUAAGGCCAGCUCUCAUGCUGGAACCAGAGAUUGAAAACCUGCAGGUCAGUUCACAGCAUGAUAACGAAGAUGAAGAUGAAGAGGUCGUGGUCUUGGACGACAUGCAAAACAUGACGGAUACUCAAGAAGAGAAGGAAGGUGGAACUAAAGGUGAAGACUGGGAUGAGGUCAGCAGCCAGACCUCGUCAGUCUCCUCCUGUGACGAUUACAUCAUUGUCCUCCCAGACUGCUUUGACACCAGCCGUCCUCUGGGGGAGUCCAUGUACAGCUCCGCCAUGUCGCAGCCUGACACUGCUGUCGCUGUGACCUCAGCCAGCCCCGACCAACAACAGCAGCAGCAGGAGGAGGAGGAGGAGGAGGAGGUGGAAGAGGAGGAGGAGGAGGAAGAGGAAGAGGAGGAAGAAGGAGAAGAAGAAGAGGAAGAGUCGGACAGGGAGGCACCACCCAUAGAGAGGCAGGAGCAGACGGAGGAGGAGGUGGUCGCUGCCGAGAAUACCUCAUUGAAAACUUGGCCCCUGUGUGUCCCCCCCCCAAUCCACAGCAGUGUGAACCAGAUGCUGUGUGCUUCCCAAACUCUGGAUGCUGUGACUCUCACCCCUGAAGUGGUGCCACCUCCAGUUCUGCCCGACCCCCUCCUGCCCCCACCGGCCCUCUACUCACCCAGAUCUGAGGCACUGUACUUAGCUGAGGAUCCCAGUCCUCCAGUCUGUGAAACCUAUGAGCCACAACAACCGAGGGUCCACUUAAAUGUAUCAUCUGGUCUGUCAAGAUCUGCAGGCUCAGCAUCCAGUGCCUUUGAGACAUAUAACCCCAGACCCAGCAACGCACUGCUGCCAAGGGGCCAAGGAGGCAUCACUGAGGGAUUUGUCAAGGGGGCCCUUUCUGUGGCAGCAUCCGCUUAUAAGGCUCUCUUCACUGGACCAAACUGUUCAAUACAGCGAGGCAUCGACCCAGCCACCAGACAGGACCCUUCCCUGAUGGCCAUGCUGCUGGAGAUGGGCUUCAGAGACCAGCGGCUCAACCAGCGUCUGCUGAGGAAGCACGGCUACAGCCUGCUGCACACCGUCAACGAGCUGGUGCAGAUGGCCGAGGAUAGCCAGAACCGAGCUGUCGACACUCAGCACUGAGGGAAAGAAAGAAAGAAAGAAAGAAAGCUGUGCGAGAGAGAGAGAGGGGGCCUACUGUGAGGCUGUAAUAGGAAGUAAUUUCUGACUUGAUUUGACCUUUUGACCUUUCUUCACCCUCUUAAUCAUAAUGUAAAGAGAAUAUUUAGAUUAUGAUCUGUGUAUCGCUCAGCCUUCCUAGUGUUUGGUUUUAUUCUGAGUUAUCAGAAGCCGACUGAAAAAGAAUAUUUAUGAUUAAAUGUCAUUGAUUUUUUUUAUUUUAUUUUGAAAAGGUGGAUUGUUAAUUUGGACCAAGACGUAAUGACGCUUAUAGGAGAAUUAUUAUAUCACUUGAAAUAUGAAGAAGAAGAAAAAAAAACAUGGAACAAAAAUGAUAAGAGGGAGAGUUUAUUUUUCCAUUCUCAGACGUGAUUUAAAGAGAAGAGAAGAGAAAGAAGCAUUCAUUGUACAGCUUCUCCUGCCUUUGCCUAUAAUUUUAAAUUAACCAUAUAAAAAACACUAUUAGAUUAUAAUGGAUUGUGGUUAACCUUGCCCUUGUUUUACCUGGGCAGUAGAGCUUUAUGUGUGGGUUUAAAAAAAAAAAAUUAAAAAAAGGAGAGGGACAAAAGUGUAAAAGUAUUUCAACUCUUCAUCUUUAGUGUUCGUAUGGCUGUCGUAGCUGCUUCCUCCUGGCUCGGAGAAACAUUUUUAGGACAUCUUUUGACGGGGCUUGGCUAGAUAAUCCUCACAUGUGUAGAACAGUGAAGAUGAAUAUCGUUGAAUGUCAUAUAUAAAAAGAUAUAAAAAUGUUCUGAAAAGCCCGCUGUUAAAUUUUAAAGGUGAUGUUAAUGAAGCUAUAGUGGGGGCAGGGCAGGGGGAGGGGUCAGCAGGGGUCAGCAGGGGUCAGCAGUGCAGUAGUAGGAACAAACAAAUAAGACAUGUAAGACUUUUUUCUCGAUUUUUCUCGUAGUGAAAUCUGCCUAAACAAUGCAAUCUUUUUCUGUAUCAGAGUACUGUUAUUUUAGACGUUGACAUGUGGAAUGUAUUACAAGAAGAAAAAAAAAAAACAACAAAAAAAAAAAACCCCACCGUCUGGAGCGGGGAUCGCCUGUUCACCACGUUCGCCCCGUUCCCCCGUGGACACACACAGACAACAACACACAACAAGAUGUUUUCUACCGCUUUUUAGGAGUUUUAGGAGACACCUGCAUGACAGGUAGAGGCUUUAGAGAUGAGUCGUGUUCUCGUGGUCUUAUCUUAGCACAGUCACAGUGGAUUAAAAAAAAAAAAAAUAAGAAAAAAAAAAACAUAAAAUAAUAAUAAUUAAGAAAAGGAAAUUAAAAAAAAACCCUACAAAAUAAAAGUCUGCUUUCUUCGCGUCAUGGUUUAACACCCCUGCCUGCAUUUCUUUAUCCUCGUCAUCCGACUAUCCGACCAUCCGACCACCAACUGAAACUUUAGAGUAUUUUUUAGAGCUAAUCCAAACUGAGAUGUCUCUAAUCAACACAUUCCUCAAAUCUCUCAAAUCUCUCUUUAGUGGAACCAAGUAUAUUUAAUUUCAUUUUGCCUUCUAUUGAUGAAAAUGAUUAGUUUACUGAAAUAUACAUAUGGUGAUUUGACAUUG